AGCUCUUACUAUAUUUAUUAUCAAAAUAUCAUUCAUGAAACAUCGUAACAAAUAAUCAUUUCUCUUCCGUCCCCAAUGCGAGUAGAAAUCCGUGCAGAAAGUACACCGUCUCAAGACCGUCUCUACUCCAUACUAGCUACCCAGGGAAUCCAUCGAAAAUCCAUAACAUCGUAUCGCCCAUUUGGUUUCCGAUCUUCCAUCCUAAUCCUGCUCGACGUUCUGAUCCUAUCCCAGAAGGCCCAAGGGUACGGGGACUAAAAAGCUGCCUCUGUGAAGUAUCUACCUAUCUAUCUACCUACCAACCCACCACGCCCAUCUCCCGCUCCAAAGCUAAAGCUACUACCACGACCCUCCUCAUCUAGGAUUAAUAAGAACACCAACCUAGAACAACUGCGAAACAUCAAAGAAGUCAAAACGUGAGGGAUCGCCAUCACAUCAAACCUAAAAGUCAUUUGUCCAUUUGCUUAUUGAUUCCCUUAUUUAUUUAAUCCCAUCCCAUACCUCCUCACGGAGAAUUCACACAAGUCUCCUACACCAUUUCUCCUCUUUCUCUCGUCUUCACGUUACUCGCGGCACGGCACAUCACAUCGAUCCUUUGUGGCGAAGAUAAAUCAUUCAUUGCAUUGCGUCUUGCUUACUUUGCAUCCCUCGGCACUCCGUAGUAAAGUAAGAAGGUUACGCUACGCUGCGCACCGCUGCGCUUGAUACCACCUAAUCAAUAACCCAACUGGACUUGCGAGUCCUUUGUUCUUUCAAUUGAACACUUUAUUGUUACACGUCCAAUAAUUUAUUUGGCGUUAUUAGUCGAGAUUGGAAAGAGGAAAGAUUGUCAUCCAUGCGACACCGUUAAGACAUUCCGUUUGACUAUAAUUACUCUCGGGGUGUGAAGGGAUUUUGAUCAUCAAUUCAGCGUCGAAACUCGCGACGUUAUAACACGACAUGAAAUUACACACACUCAUCGGCCUAUUUGGUCUGGGGGUUUUGGCAAAUGCUGUAAAUUUACGCCCACGAAAUUAUGAUGCUCAAGAUUACUACGUCCUACAUCUCGAUUCGACCGCAGAUCCAGUACAAGUCGCAGGGAGACUGGGCUUAACUCACGAUGGCCAACUGGGAGAGUUGGAGGAUCACCACGUUUUCUCAACGCACAAGCAAGACGAAGAUGUUGUGCAUACAGCUUUGAAGAUGCGGAAGAGACGGAAGCGGGAGCUGCGCGACUUUGAUAUUCUGGAUACCGUGCGGUAUGCUCAAAAACAAAAGUUGAAGGCUAGAAUGGAGAAGAGAGGUUUAAUGCGGCCCGCGCCUGAAGGAUACGAAGUCGAUAAACGAAAAGAUACCACACCACCGGUCGAUGCCGCGGUUGCGAAACAACAAGCCGUCCAAAAGGCGUUGGGAAUUCAAGAUCCAAUAUUCAAAGAUCAAUGGCAUUUGUAUAAUCCAGUACAAGUCGGACACGAUGUAAAUGUGACCGAUGUAUGGAUGCAGAAUAUCACUGGUACAGGCUCAAUUGUCGCCAUCGUGGAUGAUGGGUUAGACAUGUACAGCAAUGAUUUGAAGCCCAAUUACUACGCUGAAGGGUCAUACGAUUUCAACGAGAAUACUCUAGAGCCAAAACCUCGAUUAUCAGAUGAUAAGCAUGGUACACGAUGUGCUGGUGAAGUUUCCGCUGCCAAGAACGAUGUUUGUGGUGUCGGAGUUGCCUACGAUUCGAAAAUUGCUGGAAUUCGUAUUUUAUCCAAGAUGAUUACAGAUGCCGAUGAAGCCGUCGCCAUGAAUUACGCAUAUCAGCACAAUCAGAUUUAUUCUUGCUCGUGGGGUCCUCCUGAUGACGGAAGAUCGAUGGACGCUCCAGGUAUACUCAUCAAAAGGGCUAUGGUAAAUGCAGUUCAAAAAGGACGUGGUGGAUUAGGCUCAAUCUAUGUGUUUGCAUCCGGGAAUGGCGCCGCAAACGAAGACAAUUGUAAUUUUGAUGGUUAUACCAACAGUAUUUACAGUAUCACUGUUGGAGCGAUCGAUAGAAAGGGUCUACACCCAUAUUAUUCAGAGAAGUGUUCUGCUCAGCUCGUAGUAACAUACAGUAGUGGAAGUGGAGAUUCCAUUCACACAACUGACGUUGGUACAAACGCUUGUUCUGAUGCACAUGGUGGUACUUCCGCUGCUGCACCUCUAGCAGCAGGAAUUUUUGCUUUAGUUUUGCAAAUCCGACCAGAUCUCAGCUGGAGGGAUAUGCAAUACCUCGUCAUGUCAACUGCUUUACCGGUCGAUCUUGACAGUGGUGAAUGGCAAACAACAACUAUUGGAAAGAAAUUCAGUCAUACUUUUGGAUACGGAAAGAUUGAUACCUGGGCCACAAUCGAAGCCGCAAAAGAUUUCAAGAAUGUCAAGCCUCAAGCUUGGUUUUAUUCUCCUUGGAUUCAUGUCAAUCAAGCCAUUCCUCAAGGAGAUGAUGGUAUCUCGGUUUCCUUCGAAGUUACCAAAGAAAUGUUACAAGAAGCAAACCUGGAGAGAUUGGAGCAUGUACAAGUUACAAUGAACAUUGCACACACUAAGCGAGGAGAUUUGAGCGUCGACUUGGUCAGUCCAGACAAGCUAGUUAGCCAUCUUUCUGCAUCACGACGUUAUGAUUCUGAGCCCGAGGGAUAUGACGAUUGGACUUUCAUGUCUGUCGUUCAUUGGGGUGAAUCUGGUAUUGGAACUUGGACCAUCACUGUCAGAGAUGCUUUCGUCAACGAACACAACGGAACUUUCACGGAUUGGCAUCUCAAAUUAUGGGGAGAGUCCAUCGAUGCCGAAAAAGCACUCGUACUUCCAAUGCCUACUGAACAUGACGAUGAUAAUCACGCCGAGAUCGCUACAACUACUAUUGCCGGAGUCACAUCAGCCGCAACAGCAGCUCCAACCAACCCCGCAGCCCCAACCGGUGAACUCCCAAGUGUUCCAUCUGACCACCCCGAUAGACCUAUCAACGCCAAGCCUUCAGGUACAGAGGAUGAGCUAACCUCUCCUACCUCCACUGCACCCGCAGAAUCAGAGACUACUACUCCCUCAACAUGGAUUCCUUCUUUCCUCCCCACCUUCGGCGUCUCUUCCAAAACCCAGAUCUGGAUCUAUGGUGCUUUGGGUCUCAUCGCCACUUUCUGUGCAGGCCUAGGUGUAUACCUCUACAUGGCGCGCCGCAAGCGUCUUCGCAACAACCCAAGAGACGAAUGGGAAUUCGAUCUCCUCGAGGAUGAUGAAGCGGAAGCGUUAGCUGGUAAUACUGAAAUGAGUAUGAAGAAGGGAGGAAAGAGGAGAGCGGGUGAGCUUUAUGAUGCAUUUGCUGCGGGCAGUGAUGAUGAAGAUGAUGAGUAUAGAGAUGGGGGUGAUGAGAGAGAAAAGAAAUUGUAUGCGGAUGAUGGAGAGAGUGAGGGGACGAGUAGCGGAAGUGGACAUCAUGUUGUUGGGGACGAUGACGAGGAUAGUGAUGAUGAGAGCGCAGUCAAUGUGAAGGAUGAGAAAAACCCUUUGAAUAAGUGAUGGAAUUGUUAUAUAGGUUGUGGGUAGUAAGCAGUAUUGUUGUAGGAAAUUCAGCAUGGUGUUAGAAAAAUGAAAUGAAAUGGAUUGGAAGGCAUACUUUUUUGAAUAUCAGAAAAAGAAUAAAAGAACUGAACUGAACUGAACUGAACGAUUGGUAUUUGAAAAUUGAGUAGAGAGAUAUUGGGUGGUGGGUUGAUGGGCUUGUUGGUUUGCAUGUAUGGAUGGUUAUAAUUGGCGUUUUGUUUUUGUGGGAUUUUUGGAUGGAUGGAUGGAUAUGUAUCUUUCUUGUAAGAUAUAGGAUAGGUAGGAUAGCAUAGCAUAGAAUGCAAUACUCUUCCGUAUAUUGUU